GCGGAUUCUCCCCAAAGUUUACGUCAUUUGGAAGUUAAACCGACGCGUGUGCGCAAUGUGAAGUCGCUCGGACGCUGAGCAGGAUCACGAAACUACUUUUCUUUCCUUUUCGACGCGGAGUUCAUCGGUGUUGGCUGCGUAAAAAGUGUCCGCGGACACUUGACCUGUUGGAAAGCCGAGCGCGUCUGAUGACGCGCGGCCUCAUUAAUACACUCGAGUUUGGUGCAGUUUUUGGCGCACGGAUCGGCGCACUCACUUUAAGGACUGAAAUUAUGUAAAGGACAGAUCGCGUCUUCACCGCCGGCGUGGUUGGACCUGCGAUGCGGAGCAGCAACGCCGCCCUGACGGCCGCACUGCGCGCUCUCUAACCCGCAGGAGCGCCGCCGCCGGGAUGAGCGGCACCGACCUGGAGCGCGUGUCGCUCAGCUCCUCGGCUAACUCCGUGGCCUCCAGCGCGCGAACGCUGUCGGCCAACGUCAAGAAGCUGCACAACGCGCUCAACCUUCUGCUCAACGACUUCGAGAGGGAGCAGUUCAUCCACUGCCUGAACGUCUACCACUCCAAGCGCAACGUCUACGACCUGGUCCAGACGCUCAAAGUCAUCCUGAACGCGCCCAGUAAGCGCCAGUUGCUGCCCAUGCUGCGUCUCGUCAUCCCGCGCUCCGACCAGUUCCUCUUCGACCAGUACACCUCCGAGGGCCUCUACCUCAGGGCGAAUGUGGUGGCGAGCAACGGCAGCGCCGACGCGCCGCCGGGCGACUUCCCGAGCGCCAGUCCCACUCCUCCGGGACCCGGACACUUCUCCCCGGACUUCCACGUGGCGCUGCGGGGCUCUCCGGACAGUUUCAGCGCCAGCAGUGACGGGACAGCUCCGCUGGUGCCGCUGCUCGGACAGAACUUCAUCCCCGAACCACCGGGCGAACCGCGGCAGGUCACCAUGAAGCGCCACAAGAGCCACGAGGGUCUGGGCUUCAGCAUCCGGGGCGGCUCGGAGCACGGGGUCGGGAUCUACGUGUCCCUGGUGGAACCCGGGAGCCUGGCGGAGAAGGAGGGACUCCGGGUGGGAGACCAGAUCCUCAAAGUCAAUGACAAAGUCUUCGAGAAAGUCACUCACGCGGAAGCCGUCAAGGUACUGAAAGGCAGCAAAAAACUUUGUCUCUCUGUGCGUUCUGUUGGGCGUAUUCCUGGUGGAUACGUCACCAAUCAUGUCUAUACAUGGGUGGACCCUCAGGGUCGCAGCGUGUCGCCCCCUCCUGACCUGCCAGAGCAUCACAGCGCCACCCUGAGGAGAACCGACAGCCAGCAACGCAGCAACAUGCAGCUGCUGCAGGAAGGAGAUGAGAAGAAGGUCAACCUGGUUUUAGAUGAUGGCCGGUCUCUUGGUCUGAUGAUUCGUGGUGGAGCUGAAUACGCUUUGGGUAUUUACAUCACCGGAGUGGACCGAGGUUCAGCGGCAGAGUGUGGCGGACUCAAGGUUGGCGACCAGAUCUUAGAGGUGAACGGUCACAGCUUCCUGAGCGUCCCACAUGACGACGCUGUCAAAGUCCUGAAGUCGUCGCGACACCUGAUGAUGACGGUGAAAGAUGUCGGCCGCCUGCCACAUGCGAGGACGGUGGUGGGUGAGACCAAGUGGAUCCCCAGCUCACAGAUUGCAGAGAGCUCUGCCAACAGCAGCCUGGCAGGCUUCUCGAUGGACCAGGGAGCCGCUGCAGCAGGAAAGCCUGGUUUUUAUAAGGGCAUUGCCGGAUCACAGGUGACCAUCUCCAGUCUGGUCAACCAACCCCGGGCCAGAUUGGAGGAGCAGGGGCGCCACCUUUUGACAGAGGCGGAGCGGCAGACCAUGAGCUACUAUGUGGAGGAGUACCAGGACGGACAUAUAGGGGUGGAGCCGCUGGUCAUGGCGCUGUUUGAGCUCCUCAACACGCAUGCCAAGUUCGCUCUGCUGUCGGAGGUGCGUGGUCUAGUCACACCGCAGGAUCUGGAGCGUUUUGAUGGACUUGUGCUGAGGCGUGAAAUUCAGGCUCUAAAGGCCCGGCAGGGGCUAGCUGGGGCGUCAGCCCUCCAACCGGACUCCCUGUCCAUGGUGUCUUACCCAGACACCCUGAAUUCCUCGUCAGCCAGCUUCACCACCAAUACCACGCUCAGCUCUGCACGGGAGCGGCUGCUGUGGCUGAUUGAUAUGAUGGAGAACGUCAGUGUGGUGGAGAAUAAUGAAGAGGAUCCUCCAGAGAGUCUGGACGUGUUGUUGCCUGACAUUUCUCUGGAUGAUGUACAAUCCACCACAGGCGAAUCUCCUCCCUCUUUCAAACCUCCACCGCCACCAGGUGUGCAAAGACGACCCACUCGAAGAGACAAGCUCAACAAAUGCCCCUCAUCCGAGUCCUCUCACUCAGGCUUGUACUUCACAGCCCCGACCUCCCACGCCCACAAAGAGUCAGGUCAUGCCGUUACCUCACCCUCACUGCCCCAGAAAAAAGAGCCUCGGAAGGACCCAUCUCGGGACUACGCGGCCAUCCGAAAAAGAGAUCCUUCAGUUCCACGCAAGAAGGAUCAGAUAUCAGCUUCUCAGCUGGCAGUCGUCGCUCAGCAUAACAUCGGCCCUUUUCCAAGGGUCCAGUCCCCCAGUAGAGCCACCAAACCUGUUGGUCUAUCCCCUUCUCCUCCACCACCUCCUCCACUUCCUGCUCCUCCUCCACCUCUUCCUAUGCAUAUUAAGCCAGCAUCCAUUUCCAAAUCCUCUCUCGCUUCUCCUAGUUCCAGACAGGACUUUGUUACAGUGGAGGUUCACAGACCCAACGCAGAACCAGACGUGAAUGAGGUGCGACCGCUGCCCCAAGCUCGAGGUGGCGCCCUGUCUCAGCUGUCAGACAGUGGUCAGACUUUAAGUGAGGACAGUGGUGUGGACAUUGCUGAGUCAGGACACAUCAGGAAAGACAGCUGUAAACUUUCUUCACACUUGCAUCAGUCCAGUGACCCUCAGGGUGGUGGGGGGGACACCCACACCAAACCGCCGGGGCUCCUGGAGUCCACCUCUACACUAGUGAGGGUGGUGAAGAGUGCCAGUACACUUGGUAUUGCCAUUGAAGGUGGAGCCAACACUCGCCAGCCUCUGCCACGUAUAGUCACAAUACAGAGGGGGGGCUCGGCUCAUAACUGCGGCCAGCUUAAGGUGGGUCAGGUGAUCCUGGAGGUAAACGGGAUUUCCCUGCGAGGUCGAGAGCACAGGGAUGCCGCACGCAUCAUUGCGGAGGCUUUCAAGACCAAAGAGAAAAACUACGUUGACUUUGUGGUGACGGAGUUCAAUGUGGCGCUAUAGCUGACUGAAAUACGACAAGAGAAGGCCGCGCUAACAGAAAAAGAGUAUAUUUAUUUAUUUGACACAAUUCAUUUUGGCAGAUAUUCCUCACAUGAACCAUCUGGUCUCUGCCAUCUUUUCCAUCCAUCAAUCCAUGGGUCUGAACAUGUGACUCACGUAUAAGGAGCAGUAUUUCCUUUGUGGACUUGGUUCAGGAUUCUCUCCAAUGUGGUAACUCUCCAUUGUCAGACCUUAUGCACUCCAGUGGAAAAUAAUGGAAUCGUCACUCUCGGUUUGUUCUCUCUAUCACAUGGAUCUACAAAGGACCACGUUGUUUUUGAAACGGCGUCAAUGUUGUGUAGCACUCUGAUAUCUACGGCGCCCCUAAAUGCUACAGUGGGAUUUAUUUAUUUGUUUUCUGAAAACUUUUACAUUCCCUCCCAAUAUUCAGGAAAUGGUUCAGUUUUAAUUUUUUUAUUUAUUUAUUUAUUAUUCGAUCCUGGGCUGAAGUGUAAGUGUCAAACUCAAGGCCUGACUGUGGGGAAUUUCUUCUGAUUAGUGUCGGAACCUCUCAUUUCUUCUUCAUGUCCUCUUCUCUCUUUGCAUCUCACACUUCCUGUCGACUCCUGUCUAACAAAUACUUUAUCAGCACCUGACAUUCGACCAUAAGCUGUGUAAUAAUUGUUGCUGGGACAGCAGAGUUAAUAACUGUCCCUUAAUUAAAUUUACAAGCACUUGGCUUGAUUAAGUUUGACACCUAAAAUUUAAAAUAUGCAAAUGUCGUGUCACUGCUUAAUAAGUGCUCUAAUGUAAUUAUGGACAAAAACUAAACUACUUCUCCAAUUUGCUGGUACAUUCUAAAAAUAACCAGUAUUAUAGCAAUGUGCAUUGUUAAGUAAACACAAAUUUUAAAGAUAAAUGUGAAUAAAAUUGCAAAAAAUCCAUAGGUUUUCCAAAAAAAAAAAAAAACAGGUAUUUUUAGACAAAUACAGCUCCUGCUACUGUUUGUUAGUGGCUCUGUACUGUAUGUAGCGUUCUUUUUUGGGGGGGGGGGGUUCUUUUGUCAAUGAGACAACAGCACAUGUUAGACUGAUGCAUUUUCUGUGAACAGUAGAGAAAAAUAUGGUUCAACUUUAUAAGCUUGGGUUUCUAUGUGUAAAAAUGUAGAUACAAAUUGCAUAUAUACUGUACCGAUCAAGAUAUGAGCUAUAAAACCCGUUACCUAUGUUG